AUGCCGAAAGAUUUUCUGAAAGAUACACAGGACGAAUAUGACGUUGUCGUCAUUGGUAGUGGCCUGGCAGGGCUAACGGCGGCGAAUACGCUGGCUCGUCAAGGACGAAGCGUGCUGCUCUGCGAACAGCAUUACAAACUUGGUGGCAUGGCCACUUGGUUCAAGCGACCUGGCGGGCACAUCUUCGACAUCUCGCUGCAUGGUUUCCCAAUCGGGAUGAUCAAAAGCUGCAAGCGUUAUUGGACGCGUGAGAUCGCCGAUUCGAUCGUGCAGUUGAAAAACAUUCGCUUCGACAACCCGAUGUUUUCGCUGUCGACGACGUUCAACCGUGACGACUUCACGAAGUUGUUGAUCACUGAGUUCAAGCUGCCGGAAGAAACAGUUAAAGCGUUCUUCGACACCGCGCGCGGCAUGAAUUUCUACGAUGAUCAGGGGACGACGACGAAGGAGCUCUUCGAGAAGUUCUUUCCCGGCCGCGAAGAUGUCGUGCGUCUAUUGAUGGAGCCGAUAACCUAUGCCAACGGCUCGACGCUGGAAGAUCCCGCGAUCAGCUACGGGAUUGUCUUCUCGAACUUCAUGAGCAAAGGGGUGUUCACCUUCCAAGGGGGAACCGAUCGCCUGAUCACGUUGAUGCACGAAGACUUGAUCAAGUCAGGCGUCGACGUGCGUAUCAAUGUGGAUGUCGAGAAGAUCAAUCUCGAAAACGGCAAAGUCCGAAGCAUCACUGCCAACGGGAAGACGAUCAAGUGCAAGUCGAUU